ACGCGUCUUGCGUGGUGUGAUUCCGAAACAGCGACAAUAACGAAACAAAGAUGGUGUCCCUCCGCUUCCCUUUCUUGUUUUCUCAGCUCCAACCGCCUCAAUUCCCUCGCCCCUUCACUGCAAUCGUUGCAGCCACCGCCGCAACCGCCGGAGCCACCGCAGCACUCGUCGCUGUCUCCUCAUCUGACCGCCCCUUCCUCCCAAAUGCUAUCACUUCGUUUUUCUCUUGUAAUCACUCUCUCCCUCUCUGGGCUUCACUUAGUUUUGCUGACACUGGAGUUCCCGUCGUCGAAUCAAAGACCAGAGCUUCGUUCCCUUCUGUUCUAUCCACUUCGCAGCAGCUAUGUGGAAUUGGGUUGCGGAGAAAAAACAUUUUGGGAUUGAAGAACAUCGAUGUAUAUGCAUUUGGUGUCUACGCUGACGAUAAUGACAUAAAGAGAUGUCUUUCUGAGAAAUAUGGGAAAUUUUCUGCUUCCGAAUUGAAGGGCAAUAAGGAGUUUACUGAAGAUCUUAUGGAAAAUGAUAUAUCAAUGACAGUUAGACUUCAAAUUGUCUAUAGCAAAUUGAGCAUUCGUUCUGUACGUAGCGCGUUUGAAGAGUCUGUAGGAAACAGACUGAAAAAGUUUGGGGGAUCAGACAAUAAAGAAUUGCUUCAAAGGUUUACUUCACAGUUUAAAGAUGAAAUCAAAAUACCAUGUGGAUCAGUGAUUCAUCUCUCAAGAGAGAAAGGUCACGUUCUUCGCACAACCAUUGACGGACAGGAAGUGGGAAGCAUCCAGAGUAAACUCCUAUGUAAGUCAAUUCUAGAUUUAUAUUUUGGUGAGGAACCAUUUGAUAAACAGGCCAAGGAAACCAUUGAGCUCAACGUGGCUUCUUACCUUUAGAGUUAGAAUGUUAAACUAAGAAUCUUCUCUGAGACGGGGAUUCUAUAUACCCUUUUCAAUUCCAUGCUUCGAGUAAUUUUUGUUUUCUCUCUCGUUGUAAAAUAAUAAGAUUAUUAUAAGAAUAUGUUCGAGGAUAUAGCAAAAUCUAUCUCCAGAAUUCUGCACAUCGCU